GACAUCUUGCGAACGCGUCAGAUUCCAGGAAGGUUACCCACCAAGGAAGAAUUCAGGCUCUCAGAGCAUUUGGUUGUUUCAGAAAUGGAGUGUUUAGAUAUCUGCUUGCGAAGACCAACGUGUGCUUCUUUCAACGUGCUCACAAAGACCAGCCACAUAAAUUGCAUUGCUUACAAUGACAUCCCGAAUUCUUUGCAUCUAAAACCAACAUAUCAAAACAGCGGAUGGCUCUUUUUCAACGUCAGCUCACUUGAACUGCAACAGGUUAGUUAUCACAAAUCAACCGCUGAUUAUGUCGAUGGAAGCGAAACAAAGUUGAUGCAUCCUUGGGUAGUUAAGAUUUGUCAGUUGAUUCUGUUUUUGAUGUCAAUUGUAUAGCAAUGGUACCGGAUUUUCAAAGGUUUUAAUUAGCUAAGAGAAAAUCGAACUAAAACUGAGCUGUGCUAGUGAGCAUUUCCCAAUUACAAUGACAGAAAUAGCAGGGAAAGAUGUUACUUGUUUGGGAUAGAGAUGGAUAUUGAAGUCAACCAUCGAAUCAAACACAACCUGUGAACUUUGCAGGUGACUGGUAAAGCAUCGGAGCGGAAACCCUGUCUGGAUUUUGUCUUCUCGUGGGAGACCCCACGCUUGUCACAAAAUGAAAAACAACUUCCCUUAUACCAGAAAGUCUAAGAGCCAAAAUAAAUUAGCACUUUCUACCGCUACAAACAUUUUGAUCUAAAACGAAAUAGAAGUGAAAAAAAACAUGAAAACACUACGAAGACCACAUGUACCUACACAAGAGAACAACAAACAAAACACAUACAAAACAAAAACAAAAGAAAAAUGUAAAGGAUACAACAAACCUACCAUUUUUUUAAUUUUCUAUCGAAAAAAACAUGUUACAGGAGCCAUGCAAGUAAAAGGGAAACUCCCAAAUCUAAAGUCGAUUUUACAAACUGAAUUGGAAAAUAAUUCCUCUUUCCUUGUGAUUCUGGUCAGAUUUUGCCGAUCUGAUCGAAAAUGCGCAGAAAAACUUUUAUCGGAAUGCUCGGAUUAUCAUGAAGAUAUUAUUCGCUCUUCUUUAAUUUUUUCUUUUUGGCAAUCGCUUCGGCUUUUAAAAGAGUUAGGAAAUUUAUCUAUAUGUUAGCACUGUAAAAAAACAGCUUUAUGUUUUUAAAUUCAUAAUACUACCUUAGUUCAUUUCAUUUACAUGUGAGGUCUAAUUAAUGGCUUUAAGUAAAAUAGGAAAAAGCUAAUUAGAGUAGUUUUGGUGAUAAAUUUUUAUCAAAAAUUCAUUGGAUUACGGCAAAACUGUUAAUGGCAGCUGCAAACUACUUAUUUGUCCUUAAAAAAGCAAUAAUGAUAAUUCGAAACCACCAGCCAUUUGAGUUCAUAUUUAUUCCACUUUACACAUCAAAAAGUGAAGGAAUAAUGACCAGUAACGUUAUUAUAGAAAUACUUUUUAUGCAUAAAGGCACUAUCGACCGGAAAAGAACAGAAUCGGUUUUUUAUGAGAUUCUAUUCGGUAUCACAUAACAAAAAUUAAAGCUAAAAGGUUCUACACGUUUUUUACAUUUGGGUUAGUUAAGAUAUGUUGCUCAUGCUCAUUGUUGGCUGCUGACAUUAGCCAUAUACCAAAUGGAAAAGCACUGAGGUCUAGAUUUCUUUGAAAGAGUUGAUGGACAUCUGCGCAUGUCACGAAUUUUCAUUGGAAUUCAUACCAACAGUAUAAACCAAUUAAAAGGACAGGAAUUGAAAAUAAGAAAUAAAAAAGGAAGGAUUUUGAAAGAUUUCAUAUCCUUUGUAUUCGCGAAAGUAAUAUAACCGCUCACUUGUCGCUGAGGCCCGCUUAGCACACAAUUAACGCUUUAACUGAAGCACAACUUACACAAAUUGCAUCCUCGCGAUCGACAUACAACAGUUUACGGGAAAAUGUGUCAAGUAUUCAAAGGAUAUUGAUGCCUACGUCUUACCCUUAAAAAAAAAAAACCCAAACUACACCACUUUUGGGAUUUUCAAAAAUUUUGAAAAUUUACUAUGCCGGUAUUGCUAUGGUUUUCACACGUGAGCCUGCAAACGUUUGUGACAAUCCAGACGUUUCUCAGCUCCACUGACUGCUUCACAACCUCAGUUGUUGUAUCCCCAUAGGCUUAAGGGAAAUCUCUGCUUCGUUUUCCUCCUUCUCAUAAAAAGCUAAUUUGCACAUACCUUUUUUUAAACAGAUUUUGUCUUCAAAUACUCAUUCCUGCUUCGCAACUAAGAUCCGUAAGUUUGUACGAUUUUUUGGCAAGAUCAUUAUUUGAAUGCACGGACAAAGACACUGAAUGUAAGAGCAGUGAGAUCACCCUCACUCUACGUCCUAGUAGCCUCAUUCAGUAUAGUGGUUUAAUAUGUGCCCCAUAAAUUACAAACAUUCCAUCGUUUUUUAGAGAAGACAGGAUUCUUAAAAUGAGCGCUGUCUUAAUUAAGUUAAGCCUGAAUUAAUGUUGCAUCUUUGUCACAAAAGGAAAUAAUAAAAGCUGAGGCACUUGAUUGUCGAGUGAAUGCGGUAAUUAUCAACUUCUGCUGCAGUUAAUAUUAAGAUAUUUAACUGAGCGCCGAAGGGUAAUUUCUUUUCUUCAUUCAUUUAUCUCCAACAGCUGACGCCCUCACCGACGAAGAUGACUUCUUACUGACUGAUGCUGAGUCUUGGUUGAGCAAGCCAUAGUGACACAGCUGGUUGUGGAAAGAAAAUUCUCCCUCGAACUUUAUCAAAAUACGCCAAAGUAAUUGCAACCAUUUCUAAAAGCCUUUAAUUAUUCAGAGGUUUUAAUAAUUUUCUCCAUUAGCGGCUGCUCAUACAUACAUAUAUACAUAAACUUAAUUGGGUCUCCCUUAACAGGGCUUUUCAGACACAACUAACUAUCUCUACAGUUCAUAAUUUAACAAUCGUAGUUUAUAAUCAUAAUAAAAAGCAAAAUGUCAAUGAUGCCUAUUCCAUUUAUUAAAUAUAAUGUUACAUAGUAUUUUCUUGAAGUUUUUUAUACCCUGAUACACUGAAGAUCCUUUAAAAAGCUAUUCCAUUGUUUGGCACUGAGCACAAAAAUAGAAGCUCCGUUGUCCUGUCACUUGACAAGCGGCAGCGUGGAGAGCUCAAAUCUUUGGAUCUUCUCCUGUUUCUUCUAUGAAUCGCCGACCGUUUUGUAAAGUUAUUCGAAAGAUAACCUGAUACGUACUAAGCCAUUCAAACAUUUAAAAACUAAGACUAAAUCUUUAAAUAAAAACUUUUCGGAAACAUUCAGCCAUUUAAGAGAUCUGCUACCCUCGGAAAUGCGAUCAUAUUUCCUUAAACAUAAAGCAAUUCUGGCGGUAAACAAUUCUGUCAGUUUAUGGUUUAAUAGCCGACUGUAACGUUAGGUGAUCGAAAUCCAAACAUGAAAAUAUCGGCGGUGAAAGGUUCCUGUUGUCGACGGAAAGACUGACGAACCCCAUGUCUAUUGGCUAUAGCACUUUAAAAACAAAGAAAAGAAACGGAGAGUUUAGAUCAUUAAACACUUUACCAUUAGCCACUUACUUAAUAAAUUAACAAAUGGUUACUGCUAACACAAAAUUCAGCAACAAAGUUAUAAAUUUUAGCCAGACAAGAGUACCGCCAUAACACGAAAACCAAUCGCAAUUGGUUGAUCGCAAGUGAUCAUAACGAGAUCCAGCCUAAAAGCACUUCACGCACACCACACAGGUGAAUACUAUGCUUUUAGCGCGCGCCGAUGGGCUGGUUCGGAAGUGAUAACUCACCUAUUCACCUCGCUCCAAGAGGCCAGAGACAAACUCACCCGUCAAGAGUUUAUUUUCCGACUAUUUUUAGGUAAAUCGACAAAAAUUAACUUUGUGUGUGUGUGUGUGUGUGUGUGUGUGUGGUAUAUACUAAAGCAUUUAUCUACCUCAGUGUCAAGGAUAAUGGUGGAUAUUUUCCUCCACUUUGUUAAAUUAUUUACAGUAAAAUUACGUCCCUUAAUAAUUUCUUUUAAUUUUUCUGUCAAAAGAAAUGACCAAUUGUCUAAAAAUUAUAAAACAAAAUUAAAGCGAGACACCCAGGCUGAUAAAACUGUUUUCACUUUAGCACAGUCUUUGACAGGGUGUCAAAACCACUUCCACGACUUCAACAUUUGAACAGAUCCUUGAUGGACACAGAGUUGAUAAUGAUUAGAGAAAGUUUACUAAGAAUUUUUUUCUGUUUUCUUAUUUUUUUUGUAACCGGAGGAUCAUGCUGGAAUUCUUACGAUAACUUUGAGAAUAUCUUGCGGACUCGUCAAAUUCCCGGAAGGUCAGACAAUGGUGAGCACCGGCUCUCAAAACAGUUUGUAGUUUCAAAAAUGGCAUGCCUUGACAUCUGCUUGCGAACAACAAGAUGUGCUUCUUUUAAUCUGCUAGAGAGGACUAAUAAGAAAUGCAACUGCAUCAUACUUGACAAAACUCCUCGGGAAUCAGAUAAACUGAAACGCACAGAUACAGGUUGGAUGAAUUUCAACGUUAGCUCGCAAGAACUUCAGAAG